AUGGAAGAGCAGCUCAAGGGGCUAGUCAAUCAGAGAGUGGCAGUUCAUGGCAAACUGGCCCGUGUUAACACUGCUUUGCAGUACAGUGCGGAUCAACCGAAUCCGAACAUUAGAAACAUUCAUUUUCUUCAGUUCCACAAAAAGACUGUAGAGAACUGUUAUAACGAGUGCAAUAGUAUUCAGAAUCAGAUUUAUGUACUACCACUCUCUGAAGACCGCCAAGAAGAAGAAACCGAGAGCUACAUCGAAUUCGAGUCGCUAUACAACGACGUUUCCGUUCAAUUGUGUAUGUUGAUCGAGGCGGUGACGAAAACAGAAACUGAUCUGAUUCUCCCGGUCGGACAUCCGAAUCCAGUUCCACCGUUUCCAAUCCAUCCGUAUCUCCCACCGCUACAAGUGCCCUUGCCGACAUUCGACGGCUCUUACGAAAAGUGGUAUUCGUUCAAGUCUUUGUUUACCACCGUGAUGAACCGCUACCAGCAGGAGGAACCAGCAUUGAAACUGUUCCAUCUGCGAAACAGUCUUGUCGGGCAAGCAGCUGGCAUCAUCGACGAAGAUUUGAUAAAUAAUAAUGAUUAUGAUGCCGCAUGGAUGUUGCUUACACAGCGGUACGAAGAUAAACGUGUCGUUGUUGACAAACACGUUGAAAAUCUAUUCAACCUGCCGAAGGUUAGCCAGGAGAACGCAGCGAACAUGAGGAAAUUGAUCGACAGCAGCACCAAGAACGUGGAGGGCUUGCGGCAUCAGAACUUACCGGUGGAUGGACUCGGAGAACAGAUGCUGGUGAAUCUUAUCGCAGCGAAGAUGGAUAAAAGGCUCCGGGUGGCCUGGGAAGCCCGUCAGAAGAAGAAUGUGCUAUCGACGUACGCUGCAAUGAUAGACUUUCUGCAAGAGCAGUGUCGAAUUUACGAAAAGCUCGACGCGAGUAUGAAGCCGUUGACGGAGAGUGCUAAACCGAAAGCGAUGGCUAGGAGCCAUACGCUAGUGACAAGUGAUAUGAAGAAUGACAAGUUUGAAUACAAAUGUCCAGUGUGUAAGGCAAGCCAUGAACUUUGGAAGUGCGAGGCCUACAAAAACAAAAGUGUCAGUGAGAAAUACGAAGUGCUAAAAAGGUGCGGCGCCUGCUUCAACUGCUUAGGGAGAGGCCACCGAACCAGUGCAUGUGCAUCGUCACGUUCUUGUCGGGAAUGUGGCAAGAAACAUCACACUACGCUCCACGUUGAAGACGCAUUUAAAAACGUGAACAGCUCCACUUCCUCAAAUACGACUGAUUCUUCCACGCCAGUCGUAAAACCAGCUGGAAACCUGAUGACCAGCACUACAGCAGGAACGUCAACAACCCUGUGUGCUGAGAAUUCCGAGAAGCAGACCCUGCUUUCUACUGCCGUUGUUUUGGUCAACGGCUUGUGCAGCACUCCAUAUCCAUGUCGUGUGCUUCUGGAUUCCGCUUCGCAAAUGAAUUUUGUGACAGAACGAUUUGUGAACCUACUCUCACUGAAAAUGGUACCUGCUAACUUCACGGUUAGCGGUCUGAACGACAAGAAAACUAGGAUUUGCCGUAUGCUGCGCACCACGAUUAGGUCUUGUCACGCUGACUUCACUACUGACCUAGAUCUACUGGUUACCCCACGAAUCACUGGUGAUCUGCCGGUGAAAUCAUUCGAUGUUUCGGAGUGGCCCAUCUCGAGCGAGCAGGUGCUGGCCGAUCCGACGUUCAACAAUCGAGGACGUGUCGAUAUGUUAAUCGGCGCUGAAUACUUCUGGAACCUGAUGGAGGAUGGCCAAAUCGAACUUGGUUCGAAUCUUCCAAUACUACGAAACACGAAGCUGGGAUGGAUUGCUGGAGGAAUAAUCACGAGCGAUGCACCUGUCGUUGCGCGUACUUUCUGUCAAACAACUGACGACGACCCGAUCAUCGAUCUGCUGAAGAGCUUCUACAGGGUGGAGGCUUGUGAUGAAAUUCGCCCAUCCGCUACAGCAGAUGAAGAGAAGUGUGUCGAACAUUUCCGUCGCACACACCUACGAAAUGAGGAAGGGCGGUACAUUGUACGUCACCCCUUUAACGAACGCAAGCACGAACUAGGAGAUUCACGUGAAAUGGCGCUGAAACGCUUUCUGCACCUGGAGCGGAAGCUAGACAAGCAACCAGAAUUAAAGGAGCAGUACUCGCUGUUCAUCCGAGAGUACGAACAACUCGGGCACAUGCGAGAGAUUUAG